GUUCUUCAGGUAGAUGACCUGUAAGGCGGUAGGAACCUUCUCUGUUGAAAUUACUAGGACGUUUGAAAGUUUAGAUAAUUUGUGUAUCGGCACGAGUUUUACUGAUUAGUUUCAUCGAUUACCUCUUAUCUUAUAUCAUUAUGUUCACUUUUGAAGAGUCGUUACCAAGGUAACGUCGAUCAAGCUAAAAUCAACUUAAUUCAAAACUUUCAUCUUCGUUCUAAACCAGGCCAAAAAUCAAAUCCAUAGGUGCAGAUAAAGGCUAUCAGUAAGCCGAAUGAAAAUGAUAUGCUGCUCCGAACCAAAAAAUACUGUAGGGAGUMACCUUAAGUUUGUUUGCCAUCCAGCAGAGCCUUCCCCAAGGGACUAUUAGCACGUGACUGUUUGUUGCAAAAGGCCUAUAGCCCCUUACCUCCCCAGUCCGUAGUAAGCACGCAAAGGUUCUUGGGAUUUCCCGCUACAGUUUAAGCUUGAUACUCGUGCAUAGGGUACGUCAUAUUUUCUGCAUCUCAAAACGCGGAGGUCCUAAAAACCUUCAUCUUUUAUCCUAAUAUAUCCAUUAAAAACCCUCAAUUCACUCCAAGAAAGGUCAAUAAGAUAUAUAUUUGCCUCUAGCAGUUUGAGAAAAUGGGGUUUAAUUCCGAUCAGUUUGUGAAUUCAUGUGAUGAAAACCUUCACUGUCCAAUAUGGUGAGCAAAACGAGACUACAGUUGAAUAAUUCGCCUCCAAAAUCACUAAACUCACUCUAUUUUUACUUUAUUUCUAGCCAUGGAGUGUUCCAAGACCCUGUGAGCUGCAAAGAUGGUCACACAUUCUGCAGCGAGUUUAUUGAAUUGUGGCUGAAGACGAGCAAGAAUUGUCCUUUGGAUAACACUCUGAUCACUGACAGCUUGGUUCGUAACUUGACUGUUUAUAACAUCGUGAAUAAUCUUUACGUCUACUGUUUUGCUCAAGAUGAGGAGAAUAAGGAGAAUGGUGAACCAAAAGCAAAGAGGAAAAAGCUAGAAACUCAUGAGGGAGUCACAAAAGAUGUCUGUAACUGGAAUGGCAAGCUGCAAGAGCUUAAAAAACACCAAGAGGUUUGUGCUUUCUACCAAGUACGAUGUCCUCAUGCAAACUGUAUAGCCAUGGUGCAGAGAAGACAUGUUGAUGAUCAUACCCAAACAUGUAUACAUAGAACAGUGACCUGCAAGGAUUGCCAAGCACAAGUCAUUCAACAUGAUCUUCAACUCCACUAGGAUAGUGACUGUC